AGUGGCCUGGGGUGAUCCCUAAACAGAACACAGCAUUGAACUUCUAUGCAGGUCUAUUUUCUCUGGUCCUAUUUACAACCCAUUUUUAAACGGAAGUUUGCCAACUUAUGGUUUUUUUUUAAUUCAAUAGUGCAUAACUUCAGUUCACUUCUGUUUCUACUGUGUUGGCGUGGUUAGUGUUGUUUGAGGUUAAUUUAAGUCGACUUUCAAAUUAUUUUUUAAUGAAAAUGGAAGAGGAAUAUAGCGAUCAGUAUGAUACAUACGAUGAAUAUGAGCCCGAUGAGGUGCAUGCGGAUUCGUACAAUGACAGGCAUCGGCUUGUGCCAGAAGGAGUCAGGAAAUUCUUAACUUAUUUUCGCAAUUGUAUCAAUGAAGGAAUGAUUUUUGAGAUUCAGAAUCUUUAUGAAAAUACUUUUCCCAAAAUUUCGGAGCAAUUUUUCGAUAAAACUUCCUGGCCUAAUGAACAAGAAAUUGCUCAUAUUGUAGAAAAUGAUACAGUCUUCCUGAUUUUGUAUAAGGAACUUUACUAUCGACAUAUUUACGCUCGGAUGCAAGGUCCAACACUAGAACAGAGAUUUGAAUCAUUCUUUAAUUAUUGUGAUUUGUUCAAUCAUAUCUUAAACCCAGAUGAACCGGUACAAUUGGAGCUUCCGGACCAAUGGCUUUGGGAAUUGAUUGAUGAAUUUGUUUAUCAAUUUCAGUCAUUUUCGCAUUACCGAGCAAAUUUAGCCAACAAAACACCUGAUGAAUUGGAGAAUUUAAGCGCUCAUAAUAAAAUAUGGGAUGUUUUAUGUGUUUUGAAUGUUCUGCAUUAUUUAGUUGAUAAGUCUAAAAUCAAGAGUCAAUUAGAAGUAUAUGCAAGUGGUGGAGAUCCAGAUUCUGUGGCUGGACCAUUUGGAAAGCAUUCUUUAUAUAAAAUGCUUGGCUACUUUGCUCUCAUUGGACUUCUAAGACUCCACUCUUUGCUUGGAGAUUAUUACCAAGCUAUUAAAGUUUUAGAGAAUGUUGAAAUUUACAAAAAAAGUGCUUACUCUCAUGUCCCAGGUUGCCAAAUCUCCACUGCUUACUACGUUGGAUUUGCUUACAUGAUGAUGAGAAGAUAUGCAGAUGCCAUCAGGACCUUUUCUGGUAUUUUACUGUACAUUCAACGUACUAAACAGCUUUUUACGGCUAGAAGCUAUCAGAAUGAUCAAAUUAAUAAGCAAACAGAACAAAUGUAUCAUCUUUUAGCUAUUUGUCUUGUUCUUCAUCCUCAAUGCAUUGAUGAAGGUCUUCAACAAGCUCUUCGAGAAAGAAAUUAUCAUGAAAAAAUGUAUAAAAUGCAAUAUGGAGACUUGGCUGAGUUUGAAGCGUGCUUUGUGUUCGCUUGUCCUAAGUUUCUUAAUCUAACACCUCCACCUCCUGACAGCAAGAGAGAAGAUUAUACUAAAGAUGCUAUUAAACAUCAAACUCAAGUUUUCAUGGAUGAAGUUAUCCAGCAAAAAAUGUUGCCCACUAUCCGUUCUUAUUUAAAGCUCUAUACAACUUUGCCUUUGAGUAAAUUAGCAACGUUCAUGUGCAGUAACUCAAGACCCGAUGAAAACUGGGAUCUUGAAAAAGAAGUUGCAUCACUGAACAUUCAUCUAUUAUGCUUCAAACAUAAAAUGAAAAAUAUUGUUUGGACAAAAGGAGCUUCUGGAUUAGAAGGAAAAUUCCAAUCUGGUUCUGAGUUGGAUUUUUAUAUUGAUCAUGACAUGAUCCACAUCGCAGACACCAAGGUGGCUCAUCGCUACGGAGACUUUUUCAUUCGAAAAAUAUUAAAGUUUGAGGAAUUAAAUAGAAAAUUGCAUCACAUAAAAAUAUAAUUUUUUCAUUAUUGUAAUAUGUGUCUUUUACAUUCAAUCUAUAAAAUACAGAACUUAAAAAAUA